AGUGUAACUGACGAUAACUUCCACAUCCUUUCAUCCACUCGGGAGGCAAACCCGCGCCAUCAUCGGUAGAAUGCCGGCAACGUGAGUGCCGUCUGUCUGUGUAUUUCACGACCGAGCACGACCGACCGAUGAUAGUGAUAAUGACGACGACGACGACGAUGACGACGAUGAUGAUGAUGAUGAUGGAGGUACGACAACUACAACGUAGCCACGAGGACUCCAACAACAUUCAACACGGGGAGGCAGCGCACAUCGGAAGUAGUGGGCUUGGAGAAAGCCGGGGCCUAGCGAGACGCGGUGAAUCCUGCCGUUUCCUAUAAAUGUGUGCAGUAAACUGACUGUGGCUCAACUACUCUGUUGUAGCUCAUGUAAUGCAGUACAAAUCGAGGUGCAGCGCAGUGAAUACGUUCGUUUUCCCGGUUGGCCGUUGAUGGCAGAGUUGUUGUAAGGUCUCUACACUUUGUGCUACUUUGUGGGCUUUGCCAUAUCUUCACAGAUAUAGUUGACCUCUGUGGGCGAUGUCGGUUGAAGGACUAGAGUGCAGUGUGACAAUGUAAUGCGGAUAGACCAGAACCGUUCGUUCGUGUAUUUUGUGCGGUAGUUGACUAUGAGACGGCUUAGAACUUGGGGCGAAGAAAGGAGAAGUGUGUAGCUCAAAGAGCAGUACUGCUGCUAGAAGUUGUGCAAAGCGAAAAAUUUUCUAUUCAUGACGUGAUGUCACAGAGGCAAUAGGAAUUACAAAUCUAGCCGACGACGUCGAGUGAGAUUUUCUGGGUCACCAAAAUUGAAAUGUUUGCCGUUUUUGGAUGACUCGCUGAAAACUACCCGGAAUAAUCCCGCGUGAAAUUCGAUCAGCGACUUUGGACAAUCCGGUUUGCGUGCAGCCAGGUUGAAAUUGGCAGCCCGUCGUCGUUUCAGAAGUCGUUGCGUGAAGUGAACAAAAUCCUCUCUCGAGCUGAUUCGGACCAAAAUACCGAACGAAAGAAAUGGAUGAAUAAUUAAAUUCAGCAAACCGUCAGCCAACCUCUGCUGGGGCGGGCUGUUACAGUGGAAAAUGGAUCCCAUGAAAAAUCAGACGUCAACGGAAAGGCAAAAUCUCCUGCUGCAGGGAUUUGGAACCUUCAUAUCGGAGGGAGAGCCCAUCGGAGAGUUGCUGCUAUCAACGAACGAGUUGUGGUUAAAAUAGGAUUAUCGCACCUGCAUGGUUCCACUCCGGGGCAAGCGUUUGAACGGGGUCGCAUCCCCCAUCCCGGCAUACUGUAGUCGUCGCGUAAAAAGUGUUUGAAUCACAGUGCAGUGCUAGUACAUCCGUAGUCCGGGGGGGAAGCGACCGAAUGUAACAGACUGGCGGCCAUAAUGGAAAGUGACGUGAUAUGUUUAGACUCGGACGAGGAAGGCGAGAAUGGUCCCAACGCCGGCAAACCAAGUGCCAGUGCUAGUGAUAGCAUCGACGAGCUGCUCUUGAGGCCACUUCAGGCUCUUUCGUUGGAGCUCUAUUUCGGUGGCGGGAGUGGCCAGGCCAGUGGAAAUUUCGUUAGUGCUUCGAAUGGUAGUGACGAGCAGUGGCGCCGAUCGACGGUGGUGGUCAAACGUGUGGCAGAGUUGGUGCAGGGUUUCGGGCGCCGAAAGUUUAACAACAAUCCAGUGGACGUCGCUCGGCAACGGGAUGCCUGGAAGCAGGUAUUGAAAUUUUUAUUCCUGCUUCGAGCGAUCGGACCGGAAUCGAUGCCGAACGACAACCAAGUACAGACCAGUUCGGCGAAAGCGGGUGCAUCGCCGGGCGGAAAGAGUGCAGAACGUUCGAAAGAGCUUCCACCCGAGACCCGUCGUUAUCGACUGACAGUGAUGGAUGUCCUGGUUGAUUACAUCCGCUAUAAAUGCUCGGCUCUGGCCGGAGAGCGCAAUCCGGCGGUGCUGCUGGCCCAGUGCAAUCAGAUAGUGAGCAGUUUGUACAUCAUUUUCGAUGGCGACAGUGAGUUUGUCACGCUCACGCUGCUAAAGAUGGAUUUGCUGGCCGGCAGUGGGGCCGUGGCAUUGAUGUAUCCGGUGUUCGAGCAGAUCCUGGCCAGCCAGACGAGACGCACCGGGACUUCCGGGGGAGCUGCUCCUCUUGGCAUCAUGGACUACGUGCGGUUGCUGCUUUGCUACAAAAAGUGGAAAGCGAUGGUACCGGCCCGGCGAGAUAAGGAUGCUAUCAGUGCCCUGGCGCUCAAGGUACUUCCACCGCGGUGCCCCCAGGCCAAGACCAAGCAGGACCUACCGUUCCUGCAGAUGCUGCCCAGACUGAGCGCUUCGGCGAAGGAGCAGGAGGACGAAACCAGAUUCCUCCUGGCGAAGGAUUUAAUGGAAAUUGAGCAACUUUGCACAAUUUAUUUCCGUGAAUAUGAAAAGCGAUUCUUCCAGCGAAACGAACCGAAACUGUCGCCUCUCGAAGUCAAAAGCAAUUUCAUCAACAUCGAUGCCCUGGCCGAGUUUAUUCAGCGAAAAUGCAAUCUGCUAAAGCAGCGGCGACCAUCCCCUCCGGCGAACAAUGAAUCCGUACCAGCUACUAAGCCGAGCUCGACUCCCGGCACCGGUCCUGGUCCAGGUCCUGGUCGAAAUGGCCAACGGCAACAGCUGCAGCACGAAUCUAAUGCCAUCAUCAGCAGUCUGCGAUUGAUGUUCCGUCGCGAUGAGGAAUUUAUAGCGUUGACCUUGCUCAGAGUCGAAACAUGUCCCGAAUGCCAAACCAUUCUAGGCCCGGUUUACGAACGAUUUUUGUCCUGUCCUCCUCAGCUGUCGACGUCGGCCAUCAGCACCAACAAUGUGGAAUCGUACGGACGGCUGCUGCUGUGCUACAUCAAGUGGAAGCGACUUUACCGGGCCGAGGACCCCGGGGGCCAUUGGGCACGGAUUGACGCCAUCGCUCUCGCUGCGCUUCCGUACGACUUUCCCCGGGCCAUCAGGCGCAAGGAACUGGAAAUCAAGGCACUGUUUCCGCGCGUUGCAGCCGCCGCAGGACGUCGCAGUGGACGGUCGUCGAAAGUUAGCGUCACCAGGGCACUACUGAACUCGAAGCACGUACUGGAUAAUAUUCAGGAAAUGUGCUUACAAUUCUUGGCCAUUUGCCGUGACGGGCGAAGCAAUCGGGAGAAAGCAUUGCCGAUCCCAACAUCUCACAUCAUCGACGAUGACGACGCAGACUCGAACGAUGAUGAUGUGAAAAUAAUUAAACCCGAGCCCAACUCUGUCGUCGUUCUGGACAGCGACGACGACGAAGAACCGAGCCAUAUAAUCGAUUGUACUGAUACGGAAAUGGAAUGCCGGGCUACGCCGUCCUUUUCUUCCGGAAGUGAUGAACCGUUUUCGCAAGACACAAACAUCAUAACUAAUUCACAGGAAAAUCUACUAAUGGACACCGUGUUCAACACUCCACCGCCAACUCCGAAAGCAGACGAAGACCAUCAAGCAUCAACUCAGCUCCAACUGCCACCGGCGCCAACCCAAGAACUGCUGCCAAGCAUAGUCGAAUCUUCCCCAGCAACAUCCUCGCCAUCAUCACCAUCGUCCAAACAGCAGAACCGGAAAAGCGACACGCUCCUCAGGGGCGUCAAUUUCAAAAUAUCAAAGAAUGUACGACUUCGCACCAGCCUCCAGAAGCGACAGUUUCUGACAGCCUUCCGCAGGUUGAUCUCGGAACAAUGCUUCCACAUAAACGUGCAAUCCGGCGAGGCGGACUAUUGUCUGCGAAAAACCGUGGCGAACUCGACGGUGUUUGUCGAGAUUAUCAGUUUUGCUGACUCCUCAAAUCCCCUUACGAUGCCAAUUUCACUGCCCCUGGUAGGACGGAGCAGGUUGGAACUGAGUGAAACGCCAUUUACCACGGUUGAUCUGUUACCUUCCUCGUUUGGAGCAAUGAGUGACCCUAGUCUAAGGGACGACACCCCACAACAAUCAGCGGAAAUGCAACGAGCUUUUCUGGACGAUCAACUGCUAAAAUUAUUAACCGAUAUUGACGACCUUCCCCAGUUGUCGCCGGCGUCGGUGGAUUUCACCGUGUUCCCCGAGGAAUUGGACCCAACCUCGAUUGAUUUCCUAACCAACGACCAAACGCCGCCCUCGUCGGUCAUCAGCGGAUGCUGUCUGUGGCCGAACGACGAUUUCUCUGUUUUUGCCAAUCUUGAUAUGAAUUCUUGGCUGGAGCAUGAAAGUGCGGCGGUCGGGCAUGAACUGGUGUCAUAGUGUUGUGCAUCUCGUAUGGUCCAAAGCAGUAAGUUUUGUGUGCUAAGAGGGAACUGAGGAGUGAAUAGAAUUACUAUAUGCAAACAUAUGCAUAGUGAAUGUAUAAAAGAAUCCUAACAAAACUUUCUUAACGAGGCGUAAGUUAAACAGAGUACAUUUCACAUGAAGUUGUUUUUGAACGUUGAAUGUUGGAACGGCGUGCAUGAUAAUUCCGAAAAGCUGCUCAGCUUUAUCUUAUUUUCUGUAAGAUAAACUAUUGGUUGAUCAUUCCUUCUCGAUGACUUUAAAUGACUUUUCUAUUCUAUUCUAGUGCUUGCACAGUCAGUAUUGGAAAGCAUCCUGAAAAUAUCAAAAUUUCCUGUGAUAUUUUCUUGUCAAUAUUAAUAUUUACAGCUUAAAGGGUAUAUUCGAUAAAAUUGAGACACAGAAAAUAUUGUAUAACUUUUGAAUGCGUUCGCCAAAAUAGCUGAUUUUUUGACCAUGAAUAGUAUAUUAUGUGUAGCUAAUACCAUAAAAUUUUUAUGAAAAUCGGUUUAGUAUUGGCGCAUAUAUUGUCGAUAUCAUAAAAUCAGAUUUUGGAAAAUUUGGGCACCCAUUUUAAAAAAAUUGCUUAGGCUAUAACUUUUUUGUUACCUUAUUAAAACGUUUGAAAAUUUCACUCGAUAUUCUUAACAUAGUAUCAAUAAAGUGAUAAAAAAUCGAUCGAAAUCGGUUCAGUACUUUUUUCAGUAAAUAUCCAAAGCGAUUUCGCUUCAAGGUAAAUUUUAGGUACUUUUUAAUCGUUUUUAGUUCCGCGUGCACUAUUUUAACUGUAGAAUUGGCAACACUGUCCCGAUUUUUAUAAAACUUUGACAGUGUAAAAUUGUUGUGUUAAACUGUUUCCAGUGAAAAUUUCAGCCAUUUUCGUUUAGUAUACUCGAGUAUACUUUCAAAGUAAGAGCAGUUUGAAUUUCACUACAUAUACCAAAAACCGCAUCUGCUUAUUGUGACAUAGUGCGACAUAUAUGGCUAUAACUUUUUACCGGUAUGAUCAAAUUGAACGACAUUUUGACAUAUUAGUUCUACAUACAUACUUUACGUACAUAAAAAUUUUCAUUGAAAUCAGUUCAGGCUCCAGAGUUGAAACGGCGAAAAAGUGAUAUUUUCCAAAAUGUUUGUUUGCCCAAAAUUCUCAAAUGGCAAUUUCCUUGUUUCAACGAUAUCUCCGCCAAUACUCAACCGAUUUUAAUGAAAAUUUUAUGGUAUUAGCUACAUAUCAUAUACUAUUCAUGGUAAAAAAAUACUAUCUUGGCGAACGCAAUCAAAAGUUAUACAAUAUUUUCUGUGUCCCAAUUUUAUCGAAUACAUCCUUUAUCAGAGAUGUAAUACAAAUAUUUAAAUGGUCUUGCAGACUAAUGGGAGGAGAUA